AAAGCGAGGAAUAAUCAACCGAGGCAAACAGUCAUCAUGCUUCGCUUGUGCAUCAUUGUUGCAGCUUCGUUGAUCGUUUUGACCGGCUCGGUCUCGAUUCAGAAAGCCGGUAAAGAUUGGUACAAGAACAGUCUGAUAUAUCAGAUUUAUCCGAGAAGUUACAAGGACAGUAAUGGAGAUGGCAUAGGUGAUUUGAACGGUAUCACCAGCAAAUUAGAACAUAUCGCGAAUAUUGGCGCCGACGCGUUGUGGUUAUCACCGAUCUAUACCAGCCCGCAAGCAGAUUUUGGCUAUGACGUUGCCAAUUUUACCGAUAUCAAUCCAGAGUAUGGUACCUUAGCUGACUUUGACAGACUUGUGGCGAAAGCAAAGUCCCUCGGGCUGAAAGUGCUUCUUGAUUUCGUGCCGAAUCACAGCUCUGAUGAGCACGAAUGGUUCAAGAAGAGCGUCCAACGGAUCGCACCUUACGACGAGUAUUAUGUCUGGCGUGAUGCAAAAAUAGUAAACGGCACCAGGCAACCCCCGAAUAACUGGUUGAGCGUCUUCCAAGGCUCCGCUUGGAAAUGGAACGAGGUACGCAAUCAAUAUUAUCUGCAUCAGUUCGCCACCGGACAGCCGGAUCUCAACUAUCACAGCACUGCAUUGCAAGAAGAGAUGAGGAACGUGUUAACAUUCUGGAUGGAUCGUGGCGUGGAAGGCUUUCGCAUCGACGCCAUCAAUCACAUGUACGAGGAUGCCCGCUUUCUGGACGAGCCCCGAUUAGAUACACCUGGAUUACCAGACGAUGACUACGAAACCUUGGACCAUCUUUAUACGAAGAAUCUUCUCGAGACUUACGAAGUUCUCAAGUCUUGGAGACAGCUAAUGGACAAUCAUUCCCUGACUGCCGACACAAAGAUGAUCCUCACCGAGGCCUACACGGAUUUCGAUCUCACUAUAUUAUACUAUACAUCGGGCUCGACUGUUCCAUUCAACUUCAUGUUUAUUUCUGAUCUAAACGAUAAGUCUAACGCGGCUGAUUUCAAGCGCCUCAUCGAUCGCUGGAUGAAUAAUAUACCUGACAAUCCUGCGUACGUUGCGAACUGGGUGGUGGGUAAUCACGAUAAUCAUCGCGCGGCUUCUAGAUUCGGUGAGAAACGGGCCGAUCAACUUUCUAUGCUGGCGAUCGUUUUACCCGGCGUAAGCGUGAUUUACAAUGGUGACGAGAUCGGCAUGCCCGACAGAGAUUUUACGUAUGAAGAAACCAAGGAUCCCGCCGGAUGCAACGCUGGACCCGACAGAUACUACUUGAAGUCGCGAGAUCCGGAAAGAACGCCUUUCCAGUGGGACAGCAGCACUAGUGCUGGUUUCUCUACGAGCAAUGAAACGUGGCUUCCGGUGAACAGCAAUUAUAAAAUUCUGAAUUUAGCGGUCCAACAACUGUCGGCCGUGUCUCACUACAAAGUGUUCAAGUCCCUGGGGCAAUUGAAGAAGAAACCCGUCAUCGAGCAAGGCUCUCUAGAGAUCGUGUUGGUAACAGAAAAAAUUCUAGGAGUCGUACGACGACAUAACACAACCGUUGUAGCUCUCCUGGUUAACUUUGCCGACACACCGGUCACCGUUGACGCCAGGACUUGGAUGAAUAUCCCGGAGCAGUUGAUCGUCUAUGCACCUAGCGUGCACUCCAACCUAGUUGUAGGAUCGCGCGUUGACACGACUAACAUUACCGUGCCUGGCUCGGCCUCCGUCGUGCUCACCACAGCAGAUUUGGUUUAGCAAAUUCCUGCUUAUCUCAUACUCGUGGAUAACUCUCUACUAAAGCGAAGUUUCAGUUAUACAUGUGUGUAAAUGUAUGUACAAGUCACUUUCUCGACGAGCGUCUUGUAUUAAUCUGUGUUGAGAAAUAGACACUCGAAGUAAAAUCGAAA